AUGCAACAACAAAAUAAAUUAAAAUACGGUCUGAAUUUGAGUUCAAAUUCCAAAUCUGCAAAUUUAAAAAGAACGUCGAUUUUCAACGAAGAGGAUCAAAGUUUAGAUGACUCUAAGACUCAUAAAAAAAAUGUGAACAAGCAGCUUUCAUCAAAUUCUAUAAGUAAGUCUGUUCAAGAACAGUAUGACAAAGCCCUGGAAGAAGAUCCUACAGUUUUUGCAUAUGAUGAGAUAUAUGAUGACAUGAAAAGUGUUGGAAAUAAGAAAAAGGAGGAAAAUAAAAAUGGGGUUAAAAAGCCGAAAUAUGUUGAUGAUAUAUUAAAAGCGGCGGAAACUCGAAAACGGGAUUAUGUUCGAGCACAAGAACGCAAGGUACAAAGGGAACGAGAAGCUGAAGGAAAUGAAUUUGAUGAUAAGGAAACUUUUGUUACUUCAGCAUAUAAAAAACAACAGGAAGAAUUGAGAAAAGCCGAGGCGGAAGAGAAGUUACGAGCUGGAUCAAAAGAUAUGAAAGCAUUCUAUAGAAAUUUGCUAGAUCAAACAAGUUUAGAAAAGACUGCAGUUAUUGAAGCAAGUCGUAAAAAGAGGACAAUAUCAGAAAAGGAUUGUUCUGAUGAUUCUAUAAAUAAACAACCAGAAACCGACAAAGAACUCGCUGAACAAGCAAGAGCAUCUGGUAAAAUGGUAAUAUUAAAUGAUGAUGAACAAAUAGUAGACAAGCGACAACUUUUAUCAGCUGGAUUAAAUAUUGUUAAAAAUAAACGAUCAUCAUCAAAGAGUGAUGAUUUGUCUCAUGAUGAUUCUAACAAGUCUAAUGUAAAAUAUAAUGAUGAUAAAUAUAGUUCAAAAGGAAGAGAAGAAAUAAGACGACAAGAUAGAUAUAGUCCAAGAAAAAAUGACGAAAAAGCAAUUUCUGAUGCAAAGGCUAGAUAUCUUGCUAGAAAAAAAAAAUAA